CCUCCCCCCGCCGCCGCCCAUGGCGGCCGCCGGCGAAACGCGCUCCUCGCGGGGCGAGGAGGGGCCCGGCAGGCGCGAACCGCUCCAGCACCAGCUCCAGCACCACGAGCUCCAGCGCGCGCGCCGGCACACGCUGAGGCAACUGCUGCUCCAGCAUCCGCGUGGGGGCGCCCGGCGCCAGCGCCUGCGCCGGCUGGCCGCCGCCGCCGCGGUGGCGGCGUCGCUCGCGCUGCUGUCGAGAGGACGUGCGUCCGCGCCGCCACGGGCGUGGAGCUUCGCGGGAGUGGACGGGGCCGACCCGGAGAGCCUCUUCAAUGCGCUGUUCCUCUUGCUCGCGGCCACCGCCGCGGGGCUGAAACUAUCCUCGCGCUGCGGCGGUGGCGGGGGCGCCGCGGACGCCGAGGGCGCGCAGGCGAUGCCGCCCAAGAUGUCCAGCCUUCGGUGGCGGUUCCUGGGCGUCUUCUGGACGAUGUUCAAGAUGGCUGACUGGCUCCAGGGCCCCUAUCGAGCGCGCUUAUCGGCAGCAUGCGCUACCCGAGGCGAGACCGUGUCCGCGGACUUUAUCGCGCGGCUGUUCCUCACGGGUUUCCUCACCUCGGGCCUCCUGAGCGCCCAGACGGGGCGCUUCGUGGACUCUUACGGCCGCAAGGCUGGCUCCCUGGCGUUCGCGGCGUUCUACGCGCUGUCAGCGAUGUCCACCUACUCGAGCUCG